AUGAUUUUAUUUAAAAAGUAUACUUUUCUUUUUUUAUUUAUUGCUUCAUUACUGUUCCCAGUUAACUCUAUUAAUAAUGCUGAAAAUGAAGAUUUAAAAUUAAUUAAAAAACUUGAAAAAACAUGGGACUUAAAAAAAGAUGUUACUAUCAAUGAAGAUCUCUUAAAACCCAUGCAAAAGAAGUAUGAUAACAUUAGUUUUGCAAGUAGUGGUUAUGGUUGUCAAUUACCCGGAUAUACAGGACAAUAUUGUGAAUUCCCAAUUUGUGAAUCAUCGAAUCAUGAACAUUUUGAUAAGGAAGCUGUAAGUGUAUUAGUUGAUUUUAUACACCAACGUUCUUGUAAUAAAAAUGCACCAUUAUAUGUAGAUGUUUCAAUGUUCUCAUUUACAAUUGAAAUUCAUUCUCCAUCAUCUUCUCAACCUGAUAUUAAUGUAUAUGAUCAAAAUGGUACAAUUGUCUCACCGUUUAAUAUUGAUAAAACAGAUCCAACAAAGACAAUUAUCUUAUAUCAACCACAAAAACCAGGAAUAUAUCAAAUUACUCCUAAAACAAAUACUCCAGAAAAAGGAUGUUUUAUUUAUGUUUCUGCUAUAGCACAUUCACAUGUUGAUAUUGGUUUUGUACCAGCUUCAGAAAAUGAUAUAUUACCACCAGAAAGAAAUGAUUUUCCUAUGUCAAAUCCAUAUUAUAAUCAACUUAAUACAAUUGUAGCUCAUUCUAUAAAUGUUAGACAACCUGGACAUAUAUCAACUUUUUUAAUUUAUAAAGAUUAUAAUAUUAUUUCAAAACCACAAAGAGUUAAUAUACGUUAUGGUUGUGAAUUUGACUAUUAUUAUAAUAGUUUUUUUUGUUAUAAUCAAGAUUAUUAUUUUGUAAAAAUUGAAGGUUAUGAUUAUUUUGGUAAUUCAUUUUCUCGUAUAAAAGCAUUUUCAUGUCUUAUCAAUCCAAAUCCACAAAUACCACCUACAACACCAAAACCAUUAAAUCCACAAUCAUGUAAAAAUAAUGGUACACUUGUUAUAAAUAAAGAUAAUACCACAUAUUGUUAUUGUAAAAAUCUUUUUACUUCAUAUGAUUGUUCAACCAGAAUAUGUCUCAAUGAUGGUAAAUCAUUAGAUGAUGGAACUUGUCUAUGUGGUGAUGGUUAUAGUGGAGAUCAUUGUCAAGAUAUCAAAUGUACAAUAGAUUCUGGAUAUUUACCACCACAAAAUAUAAAUAAACCUAUUUUUAUUAUUAGAAGUAGACAAUCAAUGAAUGUUUAUAUUAAUCAAUUAAUUCCACAAAUAAGACAAAUAGCUAAAGAUUUACAAAAUAUUCAAGAUGAAUGGUUUAAAAAUUUUGGUUUAAUUACAUUUAAUAAUAAUGGUACAGUCUUUGAACAAAAUUCAUUUUAUUCAGUUGAAAAUUUUAUUGCAUAUCUUCGUAAUUUAGGAAGUAGUACUGAUACAAGUGGAAGUUGUAGUGAUAAUAUUUUUUCAUCAAUAACAGCAGCAAUUGAAAAAUUUCAACCAGGUAGUCGAUCACCAAUAUAUGUAUUAACUGAUGCUUUACCAAAUGAUUUAAACUAUUUUGAUAAUGUUAAUCAACUAAAUUCUUACUACUUAUCACCAAUAUAUUUCUUUAUUUUUGAACAAUUAAAUUGUAAUCCAUCUGAUAUUUAUUCACAAGAAUAUAGAAAAAUGGAAAAAUUAUCUGAAAUAUUUUCUGGUACAGUUUUUCCUAUUUAUUCAAAUGAAACAAAUCAAUUUGGAAAUCUUUUUUAUAAUGUUAUGUCUAGUACAUAUUUUAAAAGUGAAUUAAUGUAUGGAAAUGAUGUUGAUACUUGUUCUGAUAUAAAAGUUUUUAACACAUUAGCCAUUGAUUCACAAUUUGAUAAACUUGCUAUCAUAACAACUGGAAAUAAUUUAAAAUUACAAUUAGUAACACCUGAAGGUGAUCCUGUAGAUGCUACCCUUCUAUAUACCUCAUCAUCUAUUUCUAUAUGGAAUUAUACUGGUCUCCAUUCUGGACAAUGGCAAUUUUCUAUCAUUCCUUCAGACACUAUAACAUCAUGUUCUAUAAGAGUUUAUGCUGUUAUAUCUCCAGAUGGACAAUUAUAUGCUCCACAUUAUAAACUUAAUUGGGGAUUUACUUCAGAACUUAAUAUGGAUAAACCUAUAAUACAACCAUUAGUUGGAAUGAGUAAUUCUCUUGUAGCACAUCUUGAUAAUUAUCAACUUAUAGAUCCAUCAAAAAUAAAUGCUGAAGUUGUUAUUUAUUCAAAAAACAGUAAUGGAAAAAAUAUGAUUUUUGCUUCAAAUGGUAUUUGGAGGGAUGGUUGUAAUUUUCAAAUAUAUUUUGCACCAUUUCAUUGUUAUACACCUGAUGAAACCCUUUAUUUUACCUUAUUUGUUAAAGAUAUUAAUGAUUUUCAUAUUCAAAGAGCUGGUUCAAUGUAUUGUGCCUCUUUUCAUCCAACACAAAAACCACCAUCUUCAUGUCAAAAUGGAGGUUUUAUGUUAAAUGGUACAUGUAUAUGUCCACCAUCUUAUACUGGAAAUAAUUGUGAAAUUCCUGUAUGUCAAAAUGGUGGAACACCAUCAUUCAAAGGAUGUUCCUGUCCACCAUUAGUUGAGGGAAAAUUCUGUGAAAUUCUUACAUGUCCAUCAAAAUCAGUAUUUCCAAAACCAUUUUCAAAUAAUCAAUCUAUAACAUUUCUUCUUGAUAUUACUUAUACAAAUAGUUUAUUAUUAAGACAACUUGCAAUAUAUAGUGAUGUAAUGUUAAGAGAUAUUCUUUCACAUGAUAGUAAACAUAUUGAUAUUAUUUAUGUAUAUGGUUUUAAUGAAACAAGUAUGGCAAUUCCAAUUGGUAUUACAGAUGUUAAUAAUCUUGAAAUGGUAAAUAAUUUUUUUAAUGAAGCAUAUACUAAAUCAAUGGCAGCAUCUAAAAAAUGUGUAAAAGUAGAAACAUGGCAAGCUAUUAAUUUAGCAAGAAUGAUGAGUGAUCAAAAUUCACAAGUUUUUGUUUUUCAAUCAUCUAUUCCAAAUGAGGAUGAUAGUACAUUAUCAAUUUUAUAUACAAAAAUACAGGAUGAAUUUAUACAAAAAGGAUUAACAUUAACAUUAUAUGUUGGUGCAUUAGGGAAAUCUAAGUAUUAUUGUAAUGGUGAUUCAAAUUCAUUUAAUAAUCUUAAAUCAUUAGCUGAAAAAUCAUAUCAAGGAGAUUUUCUUGAAAUAACAUAUUCUGGAUAUAUGAAUAUACCAAAAAUUGUUCCAUCAUUUGUUAGUAGUAGUAUUAUUUAUAAAAAAACAUAUGAUGAUUGUAAAAGAAAUUGUUCAUUAUAUUUCUCAAUUGACAGUCAUACACAAAAUAUUCAACUUAAAAUAAAAGGAAAUGUUGGAAGAAAUCUUGUAACGCUUAAAAUGCCAAAUCAAUCAAUUGAUAACAAUUUUUAUGGUUUAAUUGAAGAUAAUUCUACUGGUCUUUCAAUUUUUGAAUCUAGAAGAGAAUGUGACGAAGGUUGGGAAUCACUUGGACCACAAUAUUGUAUGAGAUAUAUUGCAGAACCAGCAUCAUGGAUUGAUUCUCAUAAUUAUUGUGUAAAUAACAAAGCAUUUUUGGUUGAUGAUAUGUAUCCAUCUAAAGAUAGUUAUUUAACAUCAUAUCAAAAUGAAUAUAAUAUUUCUAGUGUAUGGAUUGGACUUACAUCAUUAAAAAAUUAUUCUUCAGGAAAAUGGUCCUGGAAUAGAGAUCCACUUACAAGUGUACCAUUAACUUCAACACAUUAUACAAAUUGGAAUCGAAAUGCUGUUUUGAAUGAUAAUACUAAACAAUGUGCUUAUAAAGGAAUAGAUUGGAAUACUGAUAGUUGUUCAUCCUUAAGGCCAUUUAUAUGCCAAAAACAUAAAUAUCAGGAUAGUUUUGAUCCAUCAAUUUCUGAAACAGAAAAUUUACCACCAGGAAAAUGGAGUGUAAGUGUUACAUCAACUGGUUUAACAAAUAUUGAAAUUCGUGUACAAUCUAAAAUUAGAAUUCACAAUGGAUUUUUAACUAAUGUUCAUGGAGAUAGUGUUAAAGCAUAUGGAGACUUUUAUUCUAAGAAUCAACGAUUAGCUGCACAUAUUACUCUUAUUAAUCAUAAUAUUUUUGAUACAUAUAUUGUUAAUACAAGAAUGUUUUUAUAUAAUAAUGUUAUGAUUCAAGCUGCUAAUUAUCAACCAAGAGAAUCAUGUACUUAUCAAUAUAUUUCAGAAAUUAUUAGUUGUGGAGAUCCACAACAAUCAUAUGAAUCUUUUUAUGCUAUAACAACUGGAGUUGAUGAAUUUGGAUAUACAAUUCAAAGAUAUACAACACAUACAUGUGUUAAAAAAGUAAAGAGAUGUUCUCAUGGUGUUUCAUAUAAUGGUGAAUGUUAUUGUAAUGAUGAUUGGACUGGUGAAUUAUGUAAUGUACCUAUUUGUCAAAAUAAUGGUACAUAUAAUAAUAAUACUAAUACUUGUACAUGUCAACAAGGAUAUUCUGGAGAAACAUGUAAUAAACCUAUAUGUUUAAAUCCUUCAUUAAAUAAAAUUAAUAGAAAUGGAAAAAUAUUUGUUUUAGUUAUUGAAAAUACUAGUGCUAAUUUAGUUGCAAUAAAUUCAUUGAGAAAAAAUAUUUCAAAUAUUCUUAAAAAUGUUGAUAGUCAAUGGAUAACAGAAUAUAUUUAUGUUCUUUUUGAUUCUACUUCAUCAAAUCCUAUUACACAAAGAUUUUAUAAUAUUGAUGAUUAUGUAUCAAGUAUUCAAAGAAUAGUACCACAAGAUAGUACAACUUCAUGUAAUUUACCUGUAUAUAAUGCUCUUAUAACAGCUAUACAACAACUUGAUCAACAACAAUCUGUUGUUUAUACUAUAACAAGAUCAUUACCAUCUGAUUUAAAUAAUGAAUAUGAAUUUGAAAAAACUCUUAUAAAAUAUGGUCCACAAUUAUUUUAUCAUACAAUUUCAAAUUCUUCUGGAUGUAUUACAGAUAUUACUAAUGAUAUUCUUUUACGUAUUCAAAAAUAUGCCAUUGGAAGUGGUGGUAAUAUUUUAACAACAUCAGAAAAUGAUCUUGGAUCAGCAUUUUCUGUUAUUUAUCCAUCUUUAUAUCAAGGAACUACUCUUAGUAAUCCAGCAUUAUAUAAUACUUCAUGUCAAGAUGGUAUUGAAAUAUAUUUAAAUGUUGAUAGAAAUAUAAGUGAUAUAUAUUUUUAUAUUUAUGGUGUUUAUCCUACAGUAUCAGUAGUAUCAUCUUCAAAUGAAAGUCUAAGUGUAACAACAGCUUUUUCUGGUCAAUUAGAUAUAUCACCAGGAUUAUAUAUAUAUAAAAUUCCAUAUGUAGACACUUUUGGAAUAUAUACAAUUAAAAUAAAUGGUAAUGGUGCUUGUUAUGGUCAAAUUCGAGCUGUUGGUAGUUCAGAAUUAUAUUAUGGUUUUGUACCAUCUAAUAUACAUUUUCUAGAUAUUGGAAAACAUCUUGAUAAUGCAACUACAGUUCCUUUAAAUGAUUAUAAUCAAAUUGUCGGUAGUAUUGUUGGUGAUCAAGCAUCAUUGACAUAUGUUAGAUUAAUAAAUACUGAAACCAAUGAAUAUCAAUAUUUGAAAUUUUAUAGAAGAGAUAAUUGUACGUAUAAUUAUUAUAGUGAUCCAUUUAAAUGUGAUAAAGGAUUAAUAGUUCUUACUUUUUAUGCUCGAGAUAACUCUGGAUUUAACAUAAUUAGAGAAAGUAUAACAAUGUGUGUAAACAUUGUUGCUCCACCAACAUUUAUUCCAUCCACAUCUUCUCCUAAAAUUAAUGGAUCUACAAAAGUAUCAGUAAUUACUAAAUCCACAACAACAACACCAUCUCCAUCAGUAUUUGAUGCUAAAGCAAAUAUAUACUUGAUAACCGAUGUUUCAUCAAAUGUGCCGGCUAAUGUGUAUGCUAACACAUUGACAAACUUUUUAAUUCAACUUUUUAAUUAUUUUAAAAUAUUUCCUCAAAAUGUUAAUGUAGCAUUUUCACCUUCACCAGGAGAUGCAAAUUUGUGGCUUAGCUUACCAACAUUUAAUACAUAUAAAGGAAUUAACAUGCUUAAAAUUUCUAUUAAUGCUUCAUACUACCCUGUUAAUGAAUCACAAACACCAGGCCAAAAUCAGCUUACUGAUGUUAUUGGGAUGGCUCUUAAUUAUAAUUUCCUUAACACAGGUUAUAAUAGUGCUUACAAACCACAUAUAAUUUUCUAUGUUACAACAACAUCAUCUCCAAAUUCUGCUACAAUUGCUAAAGCACAAGAAAUAAGGGAAUCUGGUAAAUUUAAAAUAAUAACAAUUGCCUAUAAACCGUUAACUAACAUAGGUGGUUUACAAAAAAUGGGUGAUUGCUUUUACAAAGCAACUGAUGAAAUAGAUUUAUCAGCACUUUCCACAGCAUUAGCUAUUAAAAUAAAUCGUGCCAGUGCUGCUGGUAAUGAAUAUCAAUGUUAA